UCUAUAAAAAAUUGUAUUUGGACUGUAACAACAAUGUGGAAUAAGUCAAGGGGUAUGAACUGUUUCUAAAGGCACUAAAAUGUAUGUAUGCUUUAUUCACAUGAAAUAACUAAUCAGUGACACCGCUUAUCAAGAUAUCAAGUUCUUUGACCUUUGAAACUUUAUCCCCCACAUAAUGCAUGUCUGUAAUACUACAGCAUUAUACCUCAGGUUUGAGCAUGUCAUGCCAGGUUGUUUAUCUUACGUUUCUAAUGUACCUAAUAUUCAAAAUGGUUGAAUGAAGAGAAGUGAGCAAUCAUUAACAGUCAAUACAUUUCAUAAGUCAGAGUUUUUAAAGGUAUAAUGAGCAUAUUUAUUGAGUUCCUCUGCUUUAUCACGUGGUCUGCAGUUGUCAGCCAACAGGUUUUGAUUUGAGAACGUAAGUGCAUGCUGUGACACUGCUUGUUCCCACAGCUAACAGUCUAGGUUGAUGAAAUUGAGAAAAACUUUACUUCUUCCUGUUUUCUCUGAGAGAUUCUGAGGUUCACAGCGUCCUUUCAAACUUUGCUUAAAAUAGUCCCUAGAAUCUUUUGAAACUUGCUUACUAUUCUGGAGAAAAUGGACUAUACGGAUAAUGGCGAGGCAACAGUUAACACUACAGUGGCGUAUGAAUAUGACUAUGAUGUGGUGGAGCCAUGUUACAUGGAAAAAAACGACAGAGUGGAGAGAGUAGUCCGACUCUACAUCCACUCUGUCAUCUGUAUCCUGGGCUUACUGGGCAACAUCCUGGUGAUCGUCACCUACGCCUUCUACAAGAAGGCCAAGUCCAUGACGGACGUCUACCUUCUGAACGUGGCCAUAGCAGACAUGUUGUUUGUGGUGGCUCUACCUCUGAUCAUCUACAACGAGCAGAGUGGCUGGGCCAUGGGGACGGUGGCCUGUAAGGUUCUCCGCGGGGCCUACAGCGUCAACCUGUACAGUGGCAUGCUGCUGUUAGCGUGUAUUAGCACCGACCGCUACAUCGCUAUCGUCCAGGCCCGCCGCUCCUUCCGGCUCCGCUCCCUGAUCUACAGCCGCAUCAUCUGCGCUGCAGUCUGGAGCCUGGCUCUGCUCCUCUCCAUCCCCACCUUUGUCUACUACGAGAGUUAUAUGCCUGCACACAGCAACAUUGGAAGUUAUUAUGGCAACUAUGAUUACAACAAUGUUACGACUCCUGAUGAUCUGGAGAACGCCAUAUUCUCAGAGUCAGAGGAGGACUAUGUAGUCUGCAAGUUCAGGUUCCCGGACAACGCCACGGCCCGUCAGAUGAAGGUCCUGGUCCCCAGCACCCAGAUGGCGGUGGGCUUCUUCCUGCCACUGUUGGUCAUGGGCUUCUGCUACACCAGUAUCAUUGUCACGUUGCUGCACGCCAAGAACUUCCAAAGGCACAAGGCGGUGCGCGUGGUGCUGGCUGUGGUGGUCGUGUUCAUCGCCUGUCAUCUGCCCUACAACACCGCGCUGCUCUACGACACGGUCAACAAGUUCAAGACCCAGAAAUGCAUGCAUGUGGACUCCACCGAAGUGGCCAAGACAGUGACGGAAACGGUGGCCUACCUGCACUGCUGCCUCAACCCGGUCCUGUACGCCUUCAUCGGGGUGAAGUUCAGGAACCACUUCAGGAAGAUCGUGGAGGAUGUGUGGUGCAUGGGGAAGAGGGUCAUGAACCCCCGACGCUUCUCCAGGGUCACGUCAGAGAUGUAUGUCUCCACCGUCCGCAAGUCUGUGGAUGGAUCCUCUACAGACAACUCUUCUUUCACCAUGUGAGGAUGAAACCCUGUGGUGGAGACUGCUAUUGCUGUGAACCCUAGCAUAGUCUGUUACAUUUAUCAAUGUACCUAUGCCAUCUUUAUUGAAUGAAUACCAUAAGCCUUACAUUGAAUAAUCAAUGUAAAAUAAUAAAAGUGUUUAUUUCAAUGAGAACUACUGUAAUGACACCUGUUUCUGUUUGCUGUUUGUUUAUGAAUAUGCUAGAUGUUGUUACUUUUAUGCAGUUCUGUCUUUGGUUAAUGCACAAUUGUGGUUUAUGUCUGUGUUUGAACGUAUUUUCAA